AUGUCCAAGCCCCGACCUUCAGCGGCAUAUUCCCAGUCUGAAGUCCUGUACACAACACAGUCAUUCUUAGUGUUACCUGAUCUUAGAGUCCUUCCAGAAGAAGAUGUUGACUUUCUCGAACUCAACAGGUGCUUUCACCUGCCUGUACGAACUGUUCAAGAAGAGUUCAUCAACCAGUACUUCUUGUACCUACAUCCCUACUACCCUUUAGUAGACGAGAAGGAAUUCUGGGAUAUGUACAUGGGGGAAGAGACGGAUGAUGGAAGAGGGAAACCAAUGUCCUUGCUGGUUUUUCAAGCCAUGCUUUUCGCAGCAUCAGCGUUCGUAUCGCCCGUAGUACUCAAGAAUGCUGGAUACACAAACGUGAAAGUGGCACGGAAUAUCUUCUAUAGAAGGGCCAAGCUGUUGUUUGACCUUGGGGUCGAAAGUGAUGCAUUCACCAAAUCCCAGGCAGCUUUACUCUUGACGUUCCAAUUCUCAGCUCUUGAACCACACGCAGGAAGUACUUGGCUAGCUAUCGCUAUUCAAAAUGCCAUCGUUGCCCAAGCCCACACUUUCCAAGCUCCUGGUUCAAGUAUAUCGCGCAAGAAGCGUAAUAAGAGACUUUGGUGGUCUCUGUUCUGGAGAGACAGAGUCUUGACCCUCGGUCUUCGAAAGCCUCUACAGAUAACACCUUCAAGCUUCAAUGUAACUCUAGAUCCGAUCAUUCCAGAGGAUCUUGCCGAUGAAGCACAGAGCUCUGCUGUGUAUGACCCUAGAACGAAGCGUCAGCUAGCAGACAUCAUAAACUUUCAAUGUCGUCUGGCAGUUAUUCUGACAGAGACUCUUUCGAUUUGUUAUGGCCCGAAUGCAUUCGACAUCACAUAUUCGCUCGAUAACUUUGAGAAGACACUGUCUCAAAUCAGGGCCGCGAAAAGUAACCUCACGCGUUGGAAGAAAGAAGCGGACAAAACUCUCCAUCCAUUCCUCAAGGGCGCGGGGGCGCACCGAUCCACAACGUUGAUAUCAAGCGUCGUGUACAUAUAUGCCUAUGCUGCCCAAAUUGCACUUGGAAACCAUGAAGCUAUGAUGAUUGAGCAACGCCAGAAAGGAGUCAACAUCAUUGACGACACUGUACUACGGAAUAUUGGCAAGGACAUAAGUUAUGCGACGACAGAAACAACGAAACUAGUGGGUUUCAUCGUUCAAGAAGGUUUAACUCAACACCUUCCUAUAUCCGCUAUUGCUUACAUUGCAUAUCCGCUUAUGCUGAGCUCCAUCGAUGAGAGAAUAGCGCCCAAGGACCUUGAAAGCGACGAAGACCAACUGCUAACGAGAUAUCACGCACAAGCAAUGCACCUGUGCAGUAAGCGGUUUGAAGGCGCCGAAGAUAUCAGUAGAAUGAUCACCCAAAUCGUUCAAUCAACGCCCAUUCAGCUACCACUGCGCCCGCACUCGAAAUCACCAGGGCGUCGGCAGUCCUCAGGAGCAGAAGGUGCAUUGUCAGCACCCUCGAAAAGUCUUACCAAGUACUGGGAUGAACUAUUCAUCACACGCCAAUACAUGCGCCUUCGACUCUCGCUCGACUACGCUCUGAUCACUGGUAAACCACCGACAGAACUGGACCUAUCGACAUUUAUCCUUCACGACGCGGGGAUGAAGAGGUUGGCAUACGGACCGAUACAUAACUUGUCUGCGACAACUCUGUACACGCCUCGAAAGCGUCGCGCCUCUGAAAGUGUUGCUGGUCUGCCGAGGGUCAUUGAGCUGGAUGACGAGAAGCUAUCGGACGAUGAAGGGCAAGUGGAGCAUGUUGAGAUAUUGGAUGACAUGACCGCACUUAACACUCAAAUUGUUCAGAGGGAGGCGAGCGGUGUAUCUGCUCGGCCACAUUUUGACUAUGAUGCAAUUUGGGCGGCGAAUUUGUUUGAGGAGAUUACGGAUGUACUCUGGGCUUGA